ACCUAAAUGCAUACCUGAAGUCGGCCGAGCGAUCCGCACCGUGCCGAUUCUAGCUCGUUAAUUCAGUACGUUGGAAAAACUUGAGAUGAGCGAUUUGGGUCUUUGAUGGAUCUGUUAGGUUUUCUUCGGAUCUAAUCAUUUGAUGGAAAUGGAUGGAGCAAGCUCGUCAGGAUCCAGCGGCGCAGCUCAACCCAGCUUAUUCCUCUCCAAGCGGUCAAGAGCCUUUUAUCGAUUUACUCAACAGAAUCUGCCAGCCUGUAGACCUGCAUUGACACCAACCUUGGUAAUAACUGUAUUUCUGUUGGUCGGAAUUACUUUUCUGCCAUUUGGAAUUAUAUGCUUUCGUGCCGCAGAAAGUGUUGAUGAACUUGUGCUGCGAUAUGACACUGAAUGUAUACCUGAAAAUUAUAGAGGCAAUAAAGUAGCCUACAUUAAGGAUGACUCGAUCUCUAAAAAGUGUACAUUAACAGUAAAGCCACGAAACCAAAUGAAAGCACCAAUAUAUGUCUAUUAUGAACUAGAUAACUAUUACCAAAAUCAUCGAAGGUAUGUAAAGAGUAGAAGUGAUAGACAGCUUCUUCAUGGAUUGCAGUACAAGGACACUAGUUCCUGCAGACCCAUAGAGUCGAGCAAUGGUCUCCCUGUCUUACCUUGUGGGCUAAUUGCAUGGAGCUUGUUUAAUGAUACGUUCACAUUUGAUGUCAAGGCUGGAAAGUUAAACGUCAACAGGAAGAAUAUUUCUUGGAAAAGUGACCGAGAUCACAAGUUUGGCAAUGAUGUUUACCCAUUUAAUUUCCAGAAUGAUACCUUAAUUGGUGGAGGAAAACUUGAUCCAAGUAUUCCUCAGCUGAGCGAACAGGAGGACCUCAUUGUUUGGAUGCGUGUAGCUGCACUACCCAAUUUUCGGAAACUUUAUGGUGUGAUUGAGAAUGAUAUAGAUGCUGAUGAAGUUAUCACGAUUCAACUUUCUAAUAACUACAAUACUUACAGUUUUGGUGGGAAGAAAAAACUGGUUCUGACGACUUCAAACUGGCUGGGAGGCAAAAAUAAUUUCCUCGGCUUAUCCUACAUUGCCACAGGUUUCUGCAGCAUUCUAGUCGCCAUUCUGUUUGCGUUAAUUCAUGUGAAAUUCCCAAGGCCUCAUCGCGAUGCAUCAUACUUACACUGGAACAGGAAAAGCAGCGCCACGUCCAGGUAAACAGACCCUGAAAAGUGCAUGGCGUUAUACUCUCUCUCAUGAUUGGCUUCAGUGCAACAUGUUUCUUUUCAUAUUUUCUUUUAAAUGGCGGAUGGAAGAGAAUGAUUCAGUUUCAUGGCUUUCAUUGAACCAAGCCCUUUUCAGGAUCACAAAAACCACCUUAUUUUUCUGUAAGUAUAUUUUGUUGGAUCAUGUGACUUUUCAUGAUAAAUAAGAGGUUUUAAAUUGUUGAUUUGUUGGUCUCCAUUCUUGUUUGUUAUUU